AUGAAUAAAAUAAUUUAUCUAAUCGACACACCAGUCGUGUAUUUCCGAGAAAAUAUUGUCGUGCCGAAUCAGAAGAGCUAUCCAUGGUAUCAUCAGAAAUUUCGCCGGGUUCCAACGAUCGAUGAGUGUCGUGAGCAAGACAUGGUCUGUCGUGUGGAGGCACAACACCAAUUUGAACGUGAUAAGCUAGUCGAUGACGAGAUUCUUGCUAUACUGAGGCAACGGUAUGAAGAUUGUAGUUGGUACUACGGAAUAGAAGACAGAGACAAAUUUUGUGCUGACUUAUACACAGCUUAUCAAGACGCAGCUGGUGCUUGGUUUACAAAAUAUGGAGACAUUGGUGUACCACAUAGCGUACUUGAUGCGUAUAUGAAACAGAAACAUCGUAUGAUUUGGGAACGACGUCAUGGUCCAGUUGGUAGUGGCAUAAGUAAUAAAAAAUAUGAUAUAUAAAUUAUUAAAUUAAUGUACAUGUUACAUCUCGGUUUGAGACAAUGCUGAGUUUGCAUCGUUGUGUAGAUAGAUACUCUGUAAAAAAAAAAAAAAAAGGUAAAAUAAAUUAAUGUAUUGUACUAUA